UGUGAUUUCAGUCCCUGUGGUUUCACUUUUGUAACCAUUUCAUUCCACCUCGUAACCAUUUCAGUCCUUGUACUUAAUAGAAUAAUGGAUUGAUAUGGUUAUGAAAGUAAAACCAUAGGGACUUAAAUGGUUACGAAAGUGAAACCACAGGGACUGAAAUGGUUACGAAAGUGAAACAACAGGGACUGAAAUUGUAAUUUUUUAACUAAUGGACUGAAAUAGUGAUUUUUGACAAAACACAGGGGGGCGAAAACAAUAAUUAACUCUUUUGAUUACUUGAUAACAUCUAGGGAAAUUGGAUUUUAAUAGUGGCAUCUUUUGGUAGUUGGCCUAUAAUAGUUUCACCUUUCAAAAUCUCUGUUGGUAGUUCCGCCUUUAAAAAAACUUCUCAUCGCACCUCUGUUAAAAAUCAUCAAGUUUUUUUUUUUCGAAAUUUUCAAACUAAUGCAUAAGGGCUUUAGAUCAGAACGAAGAUAUAAGUUGAUUGAUGUAAAACAAACCUCGGAAUACGGUUGCAUUGGCAGCCGCUCUAUCCUCUGCCGUAGUGUGUUUUAUGGCAAACGGUAGUGUGGUUGUUUUUUUGGUUGUGAUCGACUUAUUUUUUUAUCUCCCAACAGGGAUGCUCGUGACUGAGUUAUUGGUAUUUAUUUUUAUUUGUGCAGUAAUCUAUCAAUCAAUCAUACCCAGUAAAAUCCCACAAAUAGCACAGCAAAGGCUUCAAAAUUCAUUUUUCAUUUCAUUGGAUUAUUUAAGUUUUAUUCUACAGUUUUUGGAUUUUAUCAAUUUGAAGUACAUGUAAUUUGUUUGUUCUAACAUGUUAUUUGAUACAGAGUUCUAUUAAACGAUUGGGAUAAAUUUGUAGUAAUAUUGGAAUGGUCUGGUGGUGGUUCCGGUAAGGUCACCAACUCCCCGAAGAUAACAAGGGGUUCACGAUGGGUGCAAACGUGGGUGACUUGGUUAAGAUUUUGGCGCGGAACAUGGGUUGAGUCGAUUUAUUGAUCUGUUGAGAACUUUUUUGGUGAUAAGUUGUAAAAUAUUGAUUUUCUAAAUAUAUUUGAAUAUUUCUCUCUGUAUACAACAAGGGUCUGAAUAUUUGAGCUUGUUCGUUAUUCAUUUGAUGAAGACGACAAUGAACCACUUCUUGUGUUUGCUCAGACGAUAUAUAUCGGAAGCAAGAAGGCAUCUUUUGAAUUCAGAUAAAUCGUUUAGCACCGUUAAAUUGUUUUAUAGUUCACGUUAAAAUGUUUUUUUUUAUGAGAAUAUUAUGUUCCAUUAUUCAGACAAUAAUUGCAUGGAGGGAUCUUGAGGAUUCAAAUGAACUUGCUCUUAGCUUUCAAGAGGCUGCAGGCUGCUCACACAUAUGGAACAAUCGUUGCAAUGUGCAGCGAAAUCUACAUUUUAGUACUAUCUCCGAUGGAUCCCAAGUUCUUGAGAAACCAAAGGAUGCAACAAAGAGCAACAAGCAGAGUGGUGAAGUGAAUCUGCUAAAGAAGAGUAGGGUGGUGUUUGUUUUUUGGCCAGAAGCACUUCUGGCCACUUAUGUCUGCGCCGCGCAGACGCGCGCAGACGUUUGGAUGUUGCAGCUUGUUUGUUUUCUCGCAGACCUUUCAUUAAAAAAGGUCUGCGAGACCUCUUCACCACGCAGACAUGUUUCAUCCUCUUCCAACAUCUUCCAACCUCUUCUCCUCUUCUCCCUCUGCCACCACCACCUCCACCUCCGACACCACCUCCUCCGCCGCCACCACCUCCUCUGCCACCACCACCUCCUCUGCCACCCAUCUCUCUAUCUCUCUCUUCAGCAGAAUCAACCUCCGACACCCAUCAUCUCUCUCUCUCUUCAGCAGAAUCAUCUCUCUCUCUCUUCAACACAAAUCAACUCCCAACAUGUCAAAACCCACCACAGAAUCAAGAGAGAGAGAGGGAGCGGCAGGAGAGAGAGGGAAAGAAGAGAGAGAGAUCUGUGAUGGCGGUGGUGCUAUGGCGGUGGUGGAACCCCCAAAUCGAACGAACCCCCAAAUCGAACGACGGUGGUGCUAUAGCAGAUCGAACGAACCCCCAGAUCUGUGAUGGCAGUGGUGCUACGGCAGAUGGUUGUGACGGUGGUGGUUGUGACGGUGGUGAGGCA